CAAAAACGAAACCGAGCAGAACCGGUUUGGUCAGCAUUUGCACUAUCUGGUGUUUGAUCAGUCCCACUGCGACGAUGGUGAAAGCGGUGGUCGGCGAAGAAAUCCGGCUAAAAUCCAUCGAAGACAGCCUCAGCGAUUCCCGUCUUUCCUGCCAGGUAGGGUUAGUGAUUGGGAAGAUAAGUACGAGUUUGGAUAGAGGUUUUGUGUUUGAUUUAGUUCCGACGCCGGCGAAUGAUGCCGGAGAUGCAGCUUCUUGGAUCACGGAGAGCAAAGAUGAUGAUGAUGAUAAGAAGAAAGGAGGAUCAAAGUCAAAACCAAAAUCCAAAUCGCCAUCGUCGUUUUUGUCCAUUGAUAAGGAUUGGGUCGCUGAGCAUGCUCGUCAGGUUUCAAGAAUGCUAGUUGGUGGCAUGAAGGUAGUUGGCAUUUACAUAUGGAUGAAUGAAAGCUUGUUCAAGAAUUCCACUUUAGUCCUUUGCCAGACUGUAAAAGGAGUUGCAGAUGCAGCACCAUUUAGAGAGUCUGAUUGGGAUGAGAGGCUGCUUAUUCACAUAAGCUAUAGUCCAAGGAGGUGGACAUGUCGAAAUUGUUCAUUGUCUUCAAAUAUAACUUCAAGUAGCCUACGGCCCUGUGAUUUCAAAAUGGGAAGAGCUUUAUCUACUCUUCAGAAGUUUAGAUGCAUUUACAAUUUUGAUAUAAGGUUCCCGAUAUUCCACGAGAAUGUUUCAAGUUCUGGAAAGUUUGCAGAAAUUCUUCGUCAAGUAAUAUCAAGUCAUGCUGAAGAACUUAAGGGGGCGAAGGCUUUAAUUGAUGGAAAUUUGGUGAAUGUGGAUGAGCAAUUUGUAGCUGAUAGUGUGCAUGAAGUUGAAUUUCUUAUACCUUUCAUGCAACAUACAUCUAUUCAAGCGUACAGUCAAGAGGAGGAGAAAGAGGUCGUUGGUAUCCUGGCCUUUACCGGCACUCUCUGUUCCUUCGCAUACUCAAAUUCUAAAGAACCAAUUUCACAAGCUUUGGCUGAUCUAAAGGGAGACAUUAUUUCAAGCCUACACGAUAGAUUAGAUAUCAUCUGUGAUGAGGCCGAUGGACAAUUGGAUUCGGUUGCAGAUGUUGGUGGGGAUCUAGUCAAGGAAGCUUCAACUAAGAUGCCUAUUUCACAACUUCGACUGCAGUUAUUGAGAAAACAAUGCAGUCUUUCUUUCCCUCGAAGAGUUUUUGUUCCUUGGCUGGAUGAUACAUAUAUAUGCGACUACAUACAACCUUCUGAAACACUUGAGGUUCUUAGAGACCAUUGUGUUGAAUUGAUGUCGAUGGAGGCUCCAAUCGAUGCAUCAAUGAUUUUGGAGCCAGAAGCAGAAUCCACAAGUUCUAUAACACUUUCCACCGGUUCCUUUUGGGAGACAGCAAUGGCGCCGUUGUCCUCAGAAUUCCGACCAUCAUCCUUAGACAACAGCCGAGGUGACGAAUCAGUUGCUAAAGAGCAAUCUAAAAAGUCGAGUAAUGUUAGCAUCAUGGCUGCACUGUUGGUUCUUAUUCUCUCUGUUUUAGUAGGUGUCAUGAUCUUUAUGUUCAGGCCAUGAAUGGUUCUGUUAAAUGUUUUGUUUUUCUUUUCCCAUUACCUUAUCUUUGUGAAUUGGAAUUAAAUAACAUUGUUAGUAUAGUUGCAUGGCCUUUGUAGACUACAUAUGUGCUUUUAAUCUUUGAUUAAAAUCAAUGACAUGAUCCAAUCAUUC